ACAUACAUAUAUACCUUCGAAAUUUCAUGGAUACGUUUGGCGUACUCUUAUUCCUUUACGGUUUGGCUUCUUUACACUUAACUCACUCAAACCUAUGCACAAUUGAAGACCAUUUCAACGUUAUGGAUUAUGGAGCCACAAGUGAUGGUUAUACAGAUGAUUCAAGAGCAUUUGUAGAGGCAUGGAAUGCUGCUUGUAGCGCCCCAACCCAAUAUCCCAAAGUGAUUGUUCCACCAGAGAAGACGUUUUUGGUGAACCCUGUCAUCUUCCAUGGCCCAUGUGAUGCCUCAACAAUUAACUUCGAGAUUUCAGGGAGACUUAUGGCCCCGAAAUCACCUAGCUUGUGGGAUGGGAAGGAUGCAAGUCAAUGGCUAGGAUUUAAGGAUGUGAGUGGGUUGAAUGUUGAUGGAUUUGGGUCCAUUGAUGGUCAGGGAAAGGCUUGGUGGGAUCAAUCAUGUAGAUACCAUCCACAACUGAUAAACUGCACCAAAUUGGCUCCCACUGCGUUGAAGUUCAUCUCAUGCAAUGGGAGCAGCGUUAGCAAUUUGAAUUUCGUAAAUAGCAGCCAAACACAUAUACUGGUCACAGGCUGCAACAGUUUUAAUAUAAACAAUGUGUUGAUCGACUCCCCCCAAAAUAGCCCCAACACCGAUGGAAUUCACAUACACUCAUCUCAACAACUGGUCAUCACCAAUUCCAGGAUACGCAGUGGUGAUGAUUGUAUUUCGAUUGGUGAUCACAAUUCUAACAUCCAAAUAGCAAAUGUUGAAUGUGGACCUGGGCAUGGUAUCAGCAUCGGAAGCUUAGGAAAAUCGAGAAACUAUGUAAACGUAGAGAAGAUACACGUGACCAAUGCCUUCUUCAAUCGAACCACAAAUGGAGCUCGGAUCAAAACAUGGCAGGUCGGAAGAGGAUACGUGCGAGACGUUGUAUUUGAAAAUCUGGUGUUCUACUCAGUCAAGAAUCCUAUAAUCAUCGAUCAAAACUACUGUGACGUUAGAGAUGCAUGCAGAGAGCAGGUAACUGGAGUUCAAAUAAGCAAUGUAAGUUACAAGGAAAUAUACGGCACAUCUACCACAGACAUCGCCAUUAAUCUCAACUGCAGCAGAUCCGUACCGUGUCGUGGAAUAUGGAUGGAAUCCAUACAACUAACAUCAGCCAACGCUGGAAGAAAAGUUACUGCAAGUUGUGCAAGUGCUUAUGGCCAAGAAAUUGAUGUCGUUCCUUAUCCCUGUCUUUUAGACUAAAGUUGGAUGUUAUUAAUAUGUUCAGACAACACGAUAAAGAUGUAAAAGACUAAAGUAAAAAUCAUUUUACAGAA